AUGGCCGGAGAAGGAGAUGGAGAAAUCCACCCAUUCCUACCCCUCACACAAUUCGUUGAACCUUUCACAGGCCCCGCUGCUCCCUGGGAUAGAUCCAGACCUCCCAUAGCAGGCAGUGCCCUGUCAGAUCCAGAGAGAGGGAAAGGUUCCAAACUCGACGACGAAGCCGCUGCUGGAGUCAGCGUAGCUGAAAUCAGCACAGCCGUCGCAGACACAGGCAAUCCCAACGAUAAAGGCACCGACAUGGCCUUCUCAUCUGCAGUCUCCAUCUCCAUCAACACCCCUGUCCUGAUUGAGCAGCACCUCAACUGUUCCAUCUGUCUGGGCCUGUUUAAGGACCCGGUCACCACCCCCUGUGGCCACACCUUCUGCCAGACCUGCCUGGAAUGCAACCUCCACUUCAAUGACCUCAUAUGCCCCGUCUGCAAGGAGCAUCUGAGGAGGAACCCACAGGUGAACAUCAUCCUCAGUACUCUCAUUCAGGAGUUGAAGAAGGCCCAGGAGAGGAAGCCAGGGGAGUAUUCUGGAGCUCCAGGUGAGGUGGCCUGUGACGUCUGCACUGAGAGGAAGCUCAAGGCCCAAAAGUCCUGUCUGGUGUGUCUGGCCUCAUACUGCGAGACUCACCUGGGCCCCCACACCUCAGCAGGCAGGCUGAAGGGCCACAGGCUGGUGGCCCCUGUGAAGGACCUGGAUGGGAGGGCGUGUCUGACCCACGGUCGUCCCCUGGAGCUGUACAGCAGGGCAGAGGGGCGCUGUGUCUGUGCCCUCUGCGUGGAGGAGGGUCACGAGGUCAUCUCCGUGGAAAUGGAGUGGGACAGGAAGAAGGGUAAACUGGGGAGCUCCAAGGCUGAUAUGCAGGAGAGAAUCCUGGAGAGGGAGAGAAAGGUGGAGGAGAUCAGGGUGUCUGUGGAGCAGUGCAAGGCCCACGUGGACAGGGAGAGGAGGGAGAUUGACUCUGUGUUCAAAGCAGUGAUAGCAGCUGUAGAGGAGACCCAUCUAGAUGCUCUCAGGCCCAUGGAGGAGAGGCAGGAGGAGGUGGAGAGAGAGGCAGGAGAACUCACCCAGGAGCUGAAGAGAGAGAUCAGAGAACUGAAAGAAACAAUUGGUCAAUUGGAGGAUGUUGCUGACCUCAAGGAUCACAUUCACUUCCUGCAGACUUUCCCAUCCCUGUCGGGGCUGUGUGAUGGCAGAGACUGGACUGAGGCCUCCAUUGAUACUACACUCUCCUUUGGCACCAUGAGAAGCAGCUGGUCGACCAUGACGGAGAGAAUCAAGCACGAGCUGGAGAAGCUCUCCUCAGUUGUUGAUGUGACAUUGGACCCGGACACAGCAAACACACAGCUGAUUCUAUCUGAGGACGGGAAAGAAGUGAGAGAUGGAGGGAAGAUACAGGACCUCCCUGACUGUCCACAUCGCUUCGAUCACUUCGGCAGCGUCCUAGGACACAACAAGCUAACCUCUGGGAGAUCAUACUGGGAGGUGGAUGUCGGGAACAAGACGGGUUGGGAUCUGGGAAUUGCAAGAGGAGAUGCCAACAGGAAGGGGAAGCUCUCUGUGAAUCCUACUAACGGUUACUGGGCUAUAGUGAAUUAUAAUGGUGCCAAAUACGGAGCCUUGGGGGACCCGCCUUUUCUGUUGUCACUGAGAGAAAAGCCCCAGAAGGUGGGGGUGUUUGUGGAUUAUGAGGAGGGGUUGGUGUCUUUUUAUGAUGUGGAGGCUAAGGCUCACAUACAUUCUUUCACUGGGUAUUCCUUUAUUGGGGAAAUAUAUCCAUAUCUCAGCCCACAUCUUCUGAAUGGGGAGGAGAACUCAGACCCACUGGUCAUCACCAAAACAGGGUGAUGUCACGCAUUGCUCAGCCUUAUAGGAGAAAGACAUUCACUUCAGGUUAGGAUUAGGGCUACAGCUAGAGUUAGGGUCGGGUUAGGGCUGUGGCGGUCACAAAAUGUUGUCAGCCGAUGAUUGUCAAGCAAAUAACUGUCGGUGUCAAGGUAGUUGACUGUUAAUUAACAUAAACACAUUUAGCAUCUCCUGGCUUCCACACAUACAAGCCACUGGUGCAGACCUUUGGAACGUUAACAUUUGAAAAAGUCUAAUAUGUCCAUGUAAUAUAGCCUACAAAUUCACAAUAAAUCCAUUAUUUAUUUUAGACAGGUCUAAAGAAGCAUGAUAUUAAGAAAAUGUAGUCUAUUUCAGAAGAACAGAAAAGCAUACUUUGAGAUGUCCUUAUUUUAGGUCCUGAUCUGGCUAUGCCAAAUGGCUGUGGGCUACACUAGUUAAUUUAGCAGACAUGAUUUGCUUAGAAUUUCGUUGCAUUAUUGUAUGAAGAAUAAAAUUGAACAAAGCUGAAUAAAAUAGAAAGGAUAUUUUCUCCAAUAGAUUUGAGGAAGUGCGCACAUGUGGCUAUUUUAGGUUUAGCGGUUAACAAAGAAAUAGGUAUUCCUAUAUGCUUAAGAGUUAUUCAUGUAACUUUAAUUGUUAUACAAACGUUGGGGCUAUAUGUUUAGAUGUCUAAUACAUUGUAAGGCUGCAUGAUGCGACUCUAAUGAUGAUUUGAAAAAAGUUGCU